UGGUGUUGCGACUGCCGUCGAUACAAACCCCUUACGGACCCCUUUCUUUCAAAAAUCGGCCCUAUUCGGGCUUUACGGGUGGCUCUCGGUGGUGCCGACGCGUGCAGCGGGCGGCGGCUACGUCGACCAGGCGCCGACCGAGCGUCGAAGAGGCGAGGCCGACUGUCGGCGGGCGACAGUGACUAAUGAGAGCGAGCGAAAAUGGACGAGGGUGUGCGGAUUGUUUCUCUCCGCCGUAGUGAUUCCUUCGGCUUAGGAUUCUCCAUCCUCGGCGGCGCCGGCUCUCAGCUGCCGCCCAUCAUUUACGACAUCAUCGAGAACUCGCCGGCGGCCGAAAGUGGACAGUUGGAAGCUGGUGACAUCAUCUUAGAAAUAAAUAGAAAAGAUGUUCAUUCUUGUACAACUAAAGAAGUUUUGAGAUGUUUAAGACUGUCUGGUGAUGAAGUGACGUUAAAACUCAAGAGAGAUCCUCUUGUCAAGGCUGGUGUUUUAAAAUACUUAGAAUCUCCCGGUUGUAGCAUCGAUGAUCUGCAAGCGCUUUUAGAAAAGGAGCACUCCCACAACAGAGGCAGCAACAGCCGGACGGGCGAGAAGAGACGCAACUCGUCGCCACUCUCCUCCAGCAACAAUGGCAGCUACGCAAAAUUAUAUGAAGAGGAGGAGGACUUCUGCAACAACGACCACCGGCGCAACCCGCAGCAACAGCAGCAGGCGCAGCAGGAGAACAAACCUCCGCAGCCGCGCUUCGAGGCCUUCAUGAUGACCGGUGACCUCAUCCUCAACCUGUCCCGCCAGCAGCAGACCUCUGGCUUCAUUCCUCCAAAGCAGAAGGCUGUCGAUAGCCUUAGAUACCACAACUCAGUGCCAACGAGCCCCAACGAGUCGGAGCUGGGCAUGAAGUCGAAGGAGAAGUCCCCGCCGGAGGAGGGCAGCGCGUCGUCCUGCGCCAAAGGCAUCAACCCGCCAAACAUGGGCUGCUACUCAAGCAGCAGCGGCGGCUUUGUGCGGACGUCAAAGUCCGAGGACCACCUGCAGCUGCAGAAGGACAGCCUGAGCGCGGUGGACAUCGACAUCGAUGAGGACACGACGUCGUCGCUUAACAACCUGCUGGACACGCGGCAGGAUGCUGAGAGCAGCUGCUCGUCGCUGGCCACGGUGGCGCAGGCCAAGGACAGCGACCGCAUCGUUUGGACGUACAACGCGCCGCUGUCGGACCUGCAGCAACAACAGCAGCUACAGCGAAUGCAGGAGCAGUACUCGUCCGAGUCCAACUCGAUCUCGCCCAACUCGCCGACGUCUGUCUCCUCGUCGGUCAUGUCGAGCGACAACAGCAGCUCGAAGCGCAUCAUGCUACUCAACUCGAUGGACGGAGAGGUGAAUAACGGGGACUACUCCGAGGCCAUUUCCAGCCCCGAUUUCCAGGAGGAAGAGUCAAUGGAUAUUCUUUGCGCGAAGGAGCUGAUGGAGUUGAGCGACCCGAGCGAUAGUGACAGCACCAUCCUAGUGAGCGAGCGGACAGCGCAGAAGCGGGCCAAGGUGUCCCUGCAGGCGGCGGCUACCGUGGCCCAACAGCGACGGGCAGACCACGGUCGCAUGCUACAAGUGAAGGGGUCUGAUCGGCUGCGGCCCUCUGACUCGCCACCACCCAGCUCGGGAAACAUCACUCCCGACCACGUGGCCUACCAAGAGCUGAGUGAGGACGAGGCGCACGAAGACGAUGACAAACUGACUAGCACGGCCACCAAGUCACUGUCACCACCGUCUUCCAUCACCGAGGACGACAGCGACAUUGAGUCACUGCACAGCUUUCACUACAGCCCCAAGGCAGUCGAUAUGCCUUCCGUUCUCAGGCUGGCGAAACGGCUUUUUGAGCUGCAAGGUUUCAAGAAGUCAGACGUUUCUAGGCAUCUUAGCAAAAAUAACGACUUCAGCAGGGCUGUAGCAGAGGAAUACCUCAGGUUCUUCAUCUUUGAGGGGGACACUCUUGAUGCUGCGCUGCGCAAGUUCCUCAAGCAGUUUAGUUUAGCUGGCGAGACGCAAGAAAGAGAGCGUGUGCUAGUUCACUUCUCCAAGCGCUUCCUCGACUGCAAUCCAGGCACCUUUCGUUCACAGGAUGCUGUUCAUACGCUUACAUGUGCCAUUAUGUUGUUGAACACGGACCUGCAUGCGCAGAAUGUGGGCCGCAAGAUGACGUGUCUUGAGUUUGUUGACAAUUUGUCGGAGCUAAACGACGGUGAUAAUUUUCCUAGGGAUGUACUUAAGUCACUCUACCAUGCCAUCAAGUCGCAGCCCCUCGAAUGGGCCAUGGAUGAAGAGAGUGAGGAACUGCAAGCAUUGCAAGCUCAAAACAAAUCGCAGGAACCCUCUGGGCUCGGCCACAACCCGUUCCUGGACAUUCCCGAUGUCACCACCGCAAUUGAAUACAAAAAAGGCUAUGUGAUGAGAAAGUGUUGUGUGGAUCCCAACGGCAAAAAGACCCCCUUUGGUAAGCGGAGCUGGAAGAUGUUUUACUGCACGCUGCGGGAUAUGGUGUUGUACCUGCACAAAGAUGAGCACGGCUUCCGCAAGAGUCAGAUGUAUGACAACUUGCACAAUGCGAUACGAAUUCACCAUGCAUUGGCCACAAAGGCCGCCGACUACAAUAAGAAGCAGCAUGUCUUCAGGCUGCAAACGGCUGACCAGGCCGAGUACCUUUUCCAGACUAGUGAUUCAAAAGAACUUCAGUCUUGGAUCGACACCAUCAACUUUGUGGCUGCUAGUUUCUCAGCACAGCCGUUGGCCAGUGCUGUCGGAUCUCAAAGAAAAUUCCAAAGGCCACUCCUGCCUUGUAGUCACUCAAAACUCAAUUUGAGAGAGCAGCUGAGGGACCACGAAGAACGUGUUUCCAGGUUGGAGAAUGAGCUGGAGGACCACAGAAGACAUGUUCCUGAGCGAGGUGCCAAGUCUUUGAGCAUACAGAACCACAGAGAAAAGGACGCUUUUCUGCAAUACGAAUUGAAGAGAUACAAGACAUACGCCUACUUGCUGCGCUCGAAGAUGGCGCAGUAUCCUGAGCUGGAGCCUUCGUUGGUGGAAACCUCAAUCGGCGAGGUGGACGAGCGAGUAGACUGUGAGCUGGGCGGCUCGAUUGUGCCGCCGCCCAUCCCCGACCGACCUGUGCCGCGAGCCAACCCAACCAAUAGGUAUAGUUACCGAGCAGCUAUCUACAAUAGUAGCCGGGGCAGUAGUGGUGGUGGUGCUUCCCCGUCGGACGAUAUCGGCUGACGGAUGUUGGGUGUCUUUUCAGCUUGUGUGCUCUGAGCGAGACUGCAGCGUUCUAAAACUCGUUGUGUCUUUUCUGCCCUUGCUUUGCUUCCCCUCGCGCCGAGGGACCGUUUUUGUAAUAUUGCGUUGCGCUUUGACUCGUUCCGACUUCUUGUUUGUUACGCGCGGCUUCAAACACGCUCUUCCAAGGCCUUCUGAACGGAUCAGACUGAAAACUGGGAGGGACAUUGGUUUAAAUUCUGACUUGAAGAUGCAGACUCCCGGUGUUUUGAUACUAACGCUUCUAAUGAAAAUAUUACUAGGAUACGAGUAAAAGUAUAACGAUUGAUAUUUCAAAAUCCUUAAAUUUAAGUUUUUAUCAGAGCAAACUGCUAUUUGACCAUGCAGUUUAACUCUUUUAUGCUUAAUGCAAAAAAUUAAUUAUUUGAGGUGCAAAUUGGGCGUACUACAGCAUAUUGCGAACGAAAUUUUUAACAAUAUAAUAUAUCCACCGCAAUCCACCUAAAAGAUUUAUUUUUACCGCCAGAAAAUUAUUAUUUGUAUCAAGAAUGCACAGCAGCUGAUGUUUGUGGAAAUUCAAAAUUUAAAUUGACUGUGACAAUAUUUAAUUUACCGACAACAUUAUUUAAUAUUAAUUAUAGGGAAUUGAGCAAACUUUCUAGCAACCAGCGCUGUAUAAAACAAUUAGUUCCAAAAUAUUAAAUAUUUCGCCCUUUUCAUUCAAAAAUUCUCCAGUUAUAUCAGACACGUUUUCCCUUUUGAUUUCUUCUUGAUUUACCUCAGAUCCAGCUGAAGGGAGACGGCAUUAUUUGUACAGAAAAUUCUGUAAUAAUAUAAUUCAGUCAUUGCCAUAAUCUCUCGUGAAUUGCAAGAUAUUGCUAGAUAUUAACUAGUAGAAAUGGUUGAAACCCUUGAAUAGUUAGAAAAUGCUACCCUGGCUGCCCAAACUCUGCUCUGCCAUUUGCAGUGAGGAGUGCGAAUUGCAUUAAAACGAUUUUUACACGUAAUUUUGAUUAAAAGAGGUUUCCUAUCUCAGGAAUCAUUAGAAGUAAGCGCCAAAAAUUGAAUCUGCGUAGAGCAUUCAAUCUAAAGUAGAAUUCUCCCUGUCCCUCACUUUUCCUCAGCUGAUUCUCGUUGUUCAGAAGACCUUGACCCUCUGUAUUUCAUCUGUCUUUAGGUAUGUGCCUUUUUGUGGUCGCUUAUGAUUUGUGUGGAGUGUGAACCUUUGAAAGAGUCGUAUUUUUUGUACGUUCUUAUCUGGCUCUUUAUUCAAGUCUUCCUAUGUGCUGCUUCAUUGUUAAACGAAAACCUAGCGUUACUUUUUUUACUUUCGUCGCUGCAACUAAAGGCAAUCCUUUCCAACUGGGUAAGAGAAAAACUUGAUGUGUAUCAUGUUGUAAACGUAAAUAACAAUAUAGCGCUAUUCUAAUAACUAAAACAAACACACACAUGCGAAUGGAGGAAGUCACAUAUGUACCUGUAAUUAACUCUGAUCUUACAUGUGUGAGUUGGACAGCAUUAACUUUGCGCUGAAAUCCACGAGUCGUUGCAUUUCUAGAUGAUAAGGUUCGAUUGAUUUGUUUGUGAACAGGACUAAAAAGGAGAAAGCUCUCACAUCGCAAGUGUAGCCUUUCUGGACCGCAAUAGUGCUGCCGAUGACCGGACAAUUCCUUCAACAUGCAUUUAUCGUCAAGAGGAUUUUACGAUUUCAUUUUGCUAAAUGCAGAUACUGGGAGAAUGAAGAAAGAGUGAGAUUUUCGGGUGGAGCAGGCUGAUUGAAUUUUGCGUUGCGGCAGUUCAGCCGAGAUUUUUUGUAAUUUCUUUCUUCAUCUGUUAUGUUGAAACUCAUUGCUUAUAUAUUUUAAUUAAUUGUUAAAGUGAUUGAUUAAAUUUUUUAUCGAUAUGUAUCUCUCUAGUCGGGGCAUUACGCAAUAAUAACACAAACAUGCUUGUAUAUUUUACGCAUGUGGGUCAAGCAGCUACGAGUGAGCCCACUGUCGCCCGGAAAUGAAUUUUUUGAACAGAAAGUUGCCAAAUUCAAGUAAUAAUUUUGAGAAUUACAUCUGUUGAACGUGACUGUGGUUAAUAAAUGUGGGGUUUUUGAGGAAAGUGUGUGUUCAUGAGAAUAAUAACAGUAAAAACUAAACUUAAACGGGAACGAGGGAGCUAUACUGGAGGAGACAAGCAAAAUUCUCUCUUAAACUAGACACAAGCAGGCAACUUCUCUUCUGUGCUCCCUCGCCGUAAAAAUGGUGAUUCAUUAGAAACUGUUGCGAUUAUUUUUCAAUCGAUGUCUCUCACAACCAUUGUUACGAACGAAUGCAUUUAAAGCUGCAAAAUUACUUCAUUAAUAAUUUCAAACAGUUCCAGUUUGUUCGUCUGGAAAUUACCCUCUCUGUAUUCGUAAGGUUUUGUUCUCCUUGAAAUGAGCAUUACAUAAUUAAAGUUAGAGACGAAACGUUGUGACACGUUCUCCUUUCUUGGGUUUAAUACCGAUUCACUAUCAGUGACCGCAAAUAUUUGAUCUUGGAAGAAAACGCUGCAUUUUGUCGCCGCAUUCUGAUUUUCAAACUCCUGCCAAAAAUUCCAUUUCCUCUCGUUCCACAUUCAAGACAUAAUAAUUAUUAUCAUUCGCUCUGCAUUUUUCAGUGUCAAAACGAACGAGUAAUAAAAAGAAAAUGUGUACUAAAUAAAAUGUAAUAAAAGAACAAAAAUAACGUUUGGUAUUUUACACAUGAGUGCACAAGAGAUGAGUUGAGAGCAAUCAUGAUGUAAGCAAAUAAGAGAAUGAUGAAAGAUCAUUAAACUUGCCCUUAUACAUAUAUAGAAUGUACUGAUGAACAAUUAUUUAUUCUUAAUAAAACUGCGAUGUUAUUCAUGAA